UCGCCGCUCUGGAAGCGGAAGGUCGCGCACCAUGGCGGCCACGGGGUGGUUUCUAGCGGCAGCAGUAGCCGCCAUGGCCGUCGUCGCCUGCUUCGCUGCGACGUCGUCAUCGUCGUCGUCGCAGCUGCACUGCGGCACGGUGACGUCGCUGCUGUCGGGCUGCGCGGCGUUCGUCCGCGGGCACGGCGGCGGCGCCCAGCUGCCGUCGCCGGGCACGCCGUGCUGCGACGGGGUGGCCGGGCUGUACGCCGUGGCCGCCGACUCCGCGGACAAUUGGCGCGCCGUGUGCCGCUGCAUGGCGAGGCUGGUACGGCGGCACAGCUCCAACGCGUCCGCCAUCGCGCUGCUGCCCGGCGUCUGCGGCGUCGUCUCGCCCUGGACGUUCGCCGCGGGGAACACCAAUAGUAAUCGUCCCUACUGCAGAAGCCUCCCCUGACAGGCAUGAGAAUUUGGUUAAGAAUUGUGAGCAAACACGCGCCGAUCGAUCAUGUAGAGAAUAAAUUUAGUUAGGUUCGGAGUUAUCAUAUCUUGUUGUUGGGCAUAGUUACGUUUACGUGUGAUUUCUUUUCUCUCGAAUCAAUAACAUAUUCAUGCUCAAUGUAAAUAUGCAAUUCUUGGA